AUGAAGUUUGACGACUUGUUAAGGCAACUGAACGGUUUGGGGAAAUUUCAAUUCCGGCUUAUUUUAUUAGUAGUUAUUCCUCGCGCCACUUUGCCGUUUCAUUUUCUGUUGAAUAACUUCACCGGGUUCAUUCCUUCUCAUCACUGCAACAUCAGCGGUUUAGAUGACGGAGGUGUUUUUGGGAAUCUCUCCGAUGAGCAAAGACUAACUAUCAGUGUUCCAGUUCAGGAUGAUGGGACUCCAAGUUCCUGUCUGAUGUUUACUGAGCCUCAGUAUCAUCUUUUGAUGAACUCCUCCAACACAACUGGGCUACCUGUAGUUUGUCAGAAUGGAUGGGUUUUCGAUACGUCCGUCGUCAAGUCUACCGUGGCAACAGAGUGGAAUUUGGUUUGCGAGAGACGGAGACUAAACAGAGCCACCACCACCAUCUUUUUCGGGGGGGUCAUGCUUGGAGCUGCAGUGCUUGGCACACUUAGUGACAGGCUUGGCAGAAAACCAGCGCUCUUGGUGUCCUACGUGACGACAGUAGUUUUCGGAUUGGCAAGUGCCCUGUCUUCUAAUUUCCCCAUGUUUGCAGUCAUGAGGUUCUUUACGGGAUUUGGGUCCUCUGGGCUUAUUAUGAUCACCAUGGUCCUGUGUUUAGAAUGGACGGACCAUAGGCACAGAUGGACAGUGGCUAUUUUCUUAGGCUUGGAUUGGUGUUUGAAUACCAUGACGUUCGCUGCCGUGGCCUAUUUUGUGACUGAGUGGAGGUACCUGACCGCUGUAGGAAACAUCCCAGUCUUGUUAGCAAUCAUUUCUUGGUGGUGGCUCCCAGAAUCAGCUCGAUGGCUUUUAUCCCAUGGAAAGGUCAACCGCACUUAUUUUUACUUAAGGAAGUGUGCUCAGGUCAACUGCAGAGAGCAAUUCCUGGAUCACCUCAAUCCUGAGACUUUGUCCAAAGUAAUAGUGGUGGAAAAUGAGAACAAGAAAUAUUCUGCUUUGGAUUUGGUGAGGACCCCCCGGAUGAGGAGAACAGCUAUGCUUACCGGCAUUGCGUGGUUCGGCAUGUCCUGCUGUUACUACGGAAUCAGCUUCAACGUGUCUGGAUUUGGCGUGAACAUGUACCUGACGCAAUUUAUCCACGGUGCCAUUGAACUGCCCGCCAAAUUCCUCGUCUUUUUUACUCUAAACAAAGUAGGGCGACGCUUGAGUCAAGGCGGAGCAAUUUUUGUCAGCGGGCUGUGUCUGUUGCUCACCCUGUUCAUCCCGCUCGAUAAGGGCGCCUAUGUGACAGCUGUGGCCGCAUUGGGCAAGAUGUUUGCCCAAGCAGCUUUUACCGUUGCCUUUCUGUAUGUGACAGAACUCUAUCCUACAGUCAUGAGGCAAAACGGGAUGGGCCUCUGCAACUUCAUGGCCCGUUUGGGUGCAGGCCUAAGCCCACUGAUCUAUUUCCUCGAAGACGUGUGGGUCGGCUUGCCGAAUGUCGUCUUUUGUGUCUCGGCUUUAACCGCCGGGUUGUCUACUUGUUUGCUUAAAGAAACCGCAAAUACACAUCUACCGGAAACCAUCGAGGACGUGGAACAAUCGAGAACAUGGCAAACAGAAACGGCAAACAGGGACAAACUAACAGGAUAACAGGAACUAACAGGAUAACAGGAACAGGCAGCCACUAACCUGCAGCGACUAACAUGCAGCAACUAACAAAAAAGCAAUAGUUGGUU